UUUCAGCCCUCCAAUUCCACCAUUCAGUCGUAUUGGCAGUUGAGCGCCUUCGUUGCUUCGAUUGACAACGAAUUGCCGCGGUAAACUUGUAAUUUAUAUUAUAUAAAAAUAGUAAUGUGCUUUAUUUUAAUUUUUCGAAGUUAAGCAAACAAAUACCUUCAAAUAAAAAAAAAAAAUUUCCUGUUAUUCAAUUAUAUAUUCUAAUUUUCAUUACGCGACAUAUUUACUCAAAUUCCAAUAACGAUAUUAAAUAAAUAAUAGUAACAAUUUUUUAUUUUUUUUUUUUAGAAAUAAUUCAUUUUCUUCUUUUUUUUACGUAACUGAAUGAAAACGAAAAAUAAAAUAAUGCAUAUUAGUGAAGUGAAAUUAUAAAUGAUAUAAUGUGUCAGAAAAAUAAUAUUAAGAAAGAAAAGUGCCAUGAUAUGAGGAUUUAUGGGAAAAAGUGUUCGAUUUAUAAAUGAGAUGCCGGUUCAAAAUUUCGAGCCAGUAGCGAACUAAAAAAUUCAAGAAUGACGAAGAAGAGGCCUUAGCAUGUUCCCCUCUGGCAUUUGGAUAAUUUUUGCCUUAACAAUAAUUUUCGGUGGUUUGAAUGCUGUUUCUGUGGUAAAACAUCAUCACGAUGAUGAGUACUUAUUAGAACACAGAGUUAUUUAUCAAGAUGCUAUUAGCAAAGCCAAAAAUCUCACCCUUUAUCCGGUUGGCAAGGACGGAAAAGGAACCAUUCCUGGGUGUAAGGCUUGUACUUCUCAGGAGAUGAUGUACUGUAAGGAUGGAAGUGUAAUUGCCGAUCAUUGUUGCUGUGACUUUAGUUACAACGUUAAAAAAAAAAACAGAAAAUUGGAGGUGACAAUUCAUGCGUAAAGUGUCAAAAGAAAAAAAAAUUAAAGAAUGAUUGCGCAUACAUUUACAACAAUCAAUGUCGUUUCAAAUUACCGUAAAAUACAAUAUAACACGUCUCAUUGCUGCGGAGGGAAAGCUAGAAACAAAGGUUAUAUUCUAUACGUUUGCACUGUUUUUUUUUUUUUUUUGAAACAUCGAUUUAUACAAAAAAAUUAUUGAAUCACAAUAUUUAUACAAAUAUUAUUCCAUUUAUACUGAUUUCUUGUUUUUUAAAGAUAUCAUAUAAAAUUGAUAAAAAAAAAAGAAAAAAAAGUGAUAAAAUUUUAUAUAAAAAGAAAAUAUCACAAUUUUGUUUUGUCAUGAACUCCAGUUUCUUUCUUUGUAUUUUACACAACAGAAAAAAAUAU